AUGGUCGGCGCCGACGCAGCAGCCCCUGGCUUCCCCAAGGGUGUGUACACAAUGGCUGAGAGGGGAAAAAGGUACCCCAUAAUGGUCAUCAUGAAGCAGCAGUCCAAGAGGCACCUGAUCGUAGCGGUCCGCGGGAGCGGCACUCAGCUGGAGUGGGCUCGCAGUGAGUGCGGCCACAGCGGCGGCCGCGGCCGGGCGGGCGGGGGCCCCGGCGGCGGCGUGGAUAUUGGGGCGCGCUGCGGAUCGCCAGCUGCUGGGGCGUCGGGCGGCACAGGCGGCUCUGACGCCGCCAGGUUCCCGGGCGAGACACACAUUGGCUUCACCCUCGGCUUCGAUGACCUCUGGCCGCAGCUGCGCGACGCCCUGGAGGCGGAGGUGGCGCCUCAAGCGGGUGCGGCCAAGCCCCCCGGCAGCCGGAUGGCCGCAGUGACCAUCACAGGUCACUCCCAGGGGGCGGCGCUUGCGACGCUCCUCUCCUACGCGGCCCAGACCUACCUUGAUUACCGCAAGGCUGGUGUGAAAGUGGGCCUGAUUGCUUUUGGCAGCCCCAAUGUCGGCGAUAGCACGUUCGUUCAGAGACUGAGCGCCACCGUCAACAUCCGCCGCGUCACCUUUGAAAACGACCCCUUCCCCAUGCUGCCCUGCGCCAGCGCCAAAGGCGCAAAGGAGGCCUCCAUGCCUGCCUGCAACAACGGCAUCGUGCCCAGCGAAAUUGCCGACGACGCCGCUGCUGCUGCGGCAACACUGAGCAUGGCGCGUCAUCGAUCUGGCCGUGGCGACGCGCCCACUUACUGGAGCGACUACCAGCCGACAGCUGGCGAGGUCCUGAUCAAGGCGUCAGACAUGCCCGUGCAGCCAGAUGCGUGGUCCUACACCAACCACCUGAAUGUGGCGGUACCCAAGGGCUCCGUCGCUGCCGUGCACGGGUGCUCAUAUGCCUGCUUCCUCAGGCAGUUUUCCCGCAGCGACUCAGCGAACAACAACUGCCUCUUGAAGCAAGCCCCAGAGGGUACUGAGCUGGCAAGCAAGAACAGCUACUGCCCAAACUUCCCUUCAGGCGGCGCCGACGAGUGGCCCGUGGCGACCAUUGACCGGCAGCUUUUCACUGACAACUCGGCCUUCCCAGAGGCCGGGGCGCGCCCGCCAAUGUUCUUCAAUAAUCUGCAGGGCUCUACGGUGAUCAACGGCACCAAGUACCCCAACUUCCUGCUGUUCCACCCCCGCGACCACAUCUCAUGGUGGGCCAGCCACCCCCACCUGGACUCCCAGGAGGCGAGGCGCAACAAGCUCUCCCCCUCGAUCAGCAUGCGCGAGUUCGUCGCCACCGGCUGCAAGGAGACCGGGGACGACCACGCCCCCUACGUAUGCCCGAGCAGCGUCCUUACGCCGAACCCCGGUGUGACGAAGGCGACCAAGCUGGCUGACUACACAAAGCUCAGCAUUGACCACGUCAACAGCACCUCCGUUGUGCGGAGCCUGGAGAGCAACAGGAUAUACUACGCAGUGCGCGGCUGCUCGCGCAUGGGGUGCGCGUGGUCGGUCCGCACCGAGCACAACUGGGAGGAGGCCCCCGAUGGCAAGGGGCUGCUGAUGUCGACCCGCCAGGAGAUUGGGCUGAGGUGGAAGCUGGCUACCAAGCACAUCAACCCGCGCAUUGUCGAUGCAUGGCGCAACGGCGUGGCUCCUGACAAGAAGUGA